CACAGUCCAAGAAGAAGCAGUCGACAGAACUCUCUCUCUCCUUUUGAACUGAAAUCAUCAAGUUUUUCUCAACAACAGCAUAUCUACAGGUAAACACAGAUUGUAGACAUGGCUGCUGCCAGUUUUGUGCUGACUGAAGAUCAGUUCCUGUGCUCCAUCUGUCUGGAUGUCUUCACUGAUCCAGUCAGCACACCAUGUGGACACAACUUCUGUAAAAACUGCAUCACUGAGCACUGGGACGUCAAUGCCAAGUAUCUCUGUCCCAACUGUAAAGAGGUUUUCAUAAAAAGGCCUGAGCUGAAGGUGAACACUUUCAUCAAGGAGAUGGCUGCUCAGUUCAGACAGUCAGCUCAGCAGAAAUCCAGCAGCAGCAGCUCAGAGAGACAAGUUUCCAAACCAGGAGAAGUUCCCUGUGACGUCUGCACUGGAACCAAACUGAAGGCCCUGAAGUCCUGCCUGGUGUGUCUGGCUUCUUACUGUGAGACUCACCUGGAGCCUCAUGUGACCAUGUCAGGUCUGAAGAAACAUCAGCUGAUCGACCCUGUGGAGAACCUGGAAGACAGGAUGUGUGAAAAGCACGACAAACUGCUGGAGCUGUUCUGUAAGAACGACCAGAGAUGUGUCUGCAUGAUGUGCACAGUUUUAGACCACAAGAAUCACAGUGUUGUUCCUCUGAAAGAUGAAUAUGAAGGAAAGAAGACUGAGCUGGGAAAGAUGAAAGCUGAAAUGAAUCAGAUGAUCCAGACAAGACGACUGAAGAUUGAGGAGCUCAGACACUCAGUGGAGCUCAGUGAUCAGAACGCAGACAGAGAGAUAGCAGAAGGUGUUCAGGUCUUCAGCGCUCUGAUAGAGACUGUGCAGAGAAACCUGAACAGACUCAUCGAUUCAGUCAAAGAGAAGCAGAGAAAAACAAAGAACCAGGCUGAAGGCUUCAUCAGAGAGCUGGAACAGGAAAUCUCUGAGCUGGAGAAGAGGAGCACUAAGGUGGAGCAGCUCUCAAACUCUGAAGACCACCUCCAACUCCUCCAGAACUUCAUGUCUCUGAACGCUGCUCCACCCACCAAGGACUGGACUGAAGUCAGAGUCCAUCCACCUUCAUAUGAGAGGACUGUGAGGAGAGCUGUGAAGCAGCUGGAGGAGACCAUCAGUGAACAGAUGAAGAAGCUGAUUGGUGAGUUGGAGCUGAAGAGAGUCCAGCAGUAUGAGGUGGAUGUGACACUUGAUUCUGAUACAGCGAAUCCCUGGCUGAUCCUGUCUGAUGAUGGAAAACAAGUUUAUCACAGUGAUAAAAAGAAUUUUCCAGACAGUUCAGGGAGAUUUUAUAAUCUCUGUGUCUUGUCAAAGCAGAGUUUCUCUUCAGGCAGAUUUUACUACGAGGUUCAGGUAAAAGGGAAGACUAAGUGGGAUUUAGGAGUGGUCAGGAAGUCCAUCAACAGGAAGGAAAAAAUCGAACUGUCUCCUCAGAACGGUUUCUGGGUGAUAUGGUUGAGGAAUGAAAAUGUGUACAGAGCUUGUGCUAGCCCACCAGUCUGUCUCUCUCUGAAGUCUUGUCCUGAGAAGGUGGGGGUGUUUGUGGAUUAUGAGGAGGGUCUGGUCUCCUUUUAUGACGUUGAUGCUGCAGCUCUGAUCUAUUCCUUUACUGGCUGCUCCUUCACUGAGAAACUCUACCCAUACUUUUGUCCUUGCAAGAACAAUAGAGGUAAAAAUUCUGCUCCUCUGAUCAUCUCUCCUGUCAGUCAGACAUAGGCUGACUACACACUAGCUGACUUUGAGCCUGAUUUUAGGUCUGACUGGCAACUAUUAUCAUCCCAAUAAUCCUCAAGUCUAUGGUCUAUUUUAUUGCUCUCAGUCAGAAUGGAGACUCCCUGAUUCUGAAUCAUAGAUAUCAGCUCAGGCUGCCUCAGACUGCCAUCAAUUCUCCAUCAGAGUGAGCAGUUUCAGUUGCAUCACCAACCAGACGUUUUUUUCUUUAUGAGCUCACAGCAUGGCAGGGAGAGGAAAGACAACUAAAUUGUCCUCUUAUAAAGUCGUAUGUUAAAAUUUUGUCAUACACAUCCAAACAAUGAGAAACAAAAGCAAGAUUAUGAGAAAUAAUGUCAUUAUUAUGAUAGAAAGUCAAAAUAAUGAGAUAGUCAUAAUUAUGACUAAAAAAGUCUGAACUAGGGGAGGAAAACUCAAUCAUGAUUUUAAAAAAGUCAAACAUAUGAGAUAAAGAGCAAAAACUGAGAGAUAAAAAGACAAAUUGCAACAUAAAUUUGGGAUUGAGGGGUAGUCAUAAUGAUGUUUAAAAAGAAAAAUUAACGUUCAGAAU